UAGACCAGGCUGCUGAGACCAGCGCAGACUCCCUCCUUCACGUCUGUCAACAUACCUGGCUGCAAGCAAGUCACUGCCCGUGACCACUAUCUGCAGGGCCCAGAGAGCAGGGAAGGAAACAGAGGGGAACACCUCACUUUCAUGCUUGGGGAGAAGUAGAAGCCUGUGUUGAUGCUUCUUCCCAACAUCCCAACCUCUUCAGCAAGUGUUGGGACAGCCAUGGGCUAUCACUGCUGAGCCAGGAAGAAAGCUGAGGGAAGAGUUGAGACUGAAAAGCAGCUAUCAAGGCUGACAUCGAUCCCAGUUUCUCCUUUGAGACUCAGCAGAAGAUCCUGAUGGAGGAAGAUGAUACCCAGAGAGAGGAGCCCAGGGAAGAGGGUGUUGGUGAUGUGCAACAUUUUGAUUCCAGCAAGAUCAUGGCAGAGCAUAGCCACAUCCAAAAACAGCUGGAUUUACAAAAUGGUAGCUUAGAGGAAGACUUUGUGGAGCAUUCCCUUGAGAACAAUUCCCAAAACAUGAUGGAGAGCAUCAGCCCAAAGAAAUACUCUUCCAGUCUGAGAUUUAAAGCCAAUGGAGACUAUUCUGGCUCCUAUUUAACCCUCUCACAGCCUGUGCCUGCUAAGAGAAGCCCUUCUCCUUUGGGAACCAGUGUCAGAAGUAGCCCCUCCUUGGUCAAAAUCCAGGGAAGCAGGCAGUUCUCUUGUGAUGGAACUGACAAAAAUAUUUCCAUGAAACCUCCCACUGCUCUGCUCAACACUGCACCCUCCCUCAGUGGAUAUCCACCUGGGAGAGUGGACUUUGAUCAUUAUACUGGCCGGGAUGGUGAUAGGGCCUUGAGGCUUUCAGAGAAGCCUCCCUAUUCCAAAUACAGCUCCAGGAAUAAAUCACAUGACAAUGUCUACUUUCUUGGAGGCCUGGAAGGUCGAAAGGCAUCUGGCUCACUCCUGACCAUGUGGAAUGGAGGUUCUCUGAGUGAUGCCGGCCCCUCUCCUGUCAGCAGAUCUGGAGCAGCGAGCAUGCCUUCAAGCCCAAAGCAAGCCAGGAAAAUGAACAUUCAAGACAACGUGACACUUCAACCCAAGUUAGCCAGACACAAGGAGCUAGCAUCUGAAAACAUCAGUUUAAGAACUAGGAAGUAUUCGGGCAGCAGCCUGAGUCACAUGGGAGCCUAUAGCCGGUCGCUUCCCAGGUUGUACAAAGCCACAGAGAACCAGCUGACACUUCUCAGCUUGCCUCCAAGAAACUCUCUGGGCAAUUCCAAAAGACCAAAACUUGGGGAAAAGGAUCUACCUCAUAGCAUAAUAGACAAUGACAAUUACCUUAAUUUUUCUUCUUUAAGCUCAGGGGCUUUACCCUACAAAACCUCUGUGUCUGAAGGCAACCCUUAUGUAAGUUCCACCCUCAGUGUCCCUGCCAGUCCUCGAGUGGCUCGGAAGAUGCUUCUGGCCUCCACCUCCUCCUGUGCCUCUGACGACUUUGACAGGGCUCCCUACUCGGGGACGAGUCCGAGCAAUUCAUUUCUUCCCGGAGAGCCGGACAGAGUGUUUGUGGCCAGAAGGAACUUCUCUUGUGGUUCGGUGGAGUUUGAUGAUGCUGAUUUGGACAGCCUCAGACAGGCCUCAGGAACGCCUCAGCCUGUCCUUCGGGAACGGAAAAGCAGCAUUAGCUCCAUUUCUGGACGUGACGACCUGAUGGAUUAUCAUCGGCGGCAGAGGGAGGAAAGACUCAGGGAGCAGGAGAUGGAGCGAUUGGAGAGACAGCGUCUGGAGACCAUCCUCAGUCUCUGUGCCGAAUACACAAAGCCUGACAGCCGCUUGUCCACUGGCACCACUGUGGCAGAUGUGCAGAAAAUCAACAAGGAGCUUGAGAAGCUGCAGCUCUCUGACGAGGAGUCUGUGUUUGAAGAAGCCCUGGUGAACCUCGAUACAAGAUACAGAUGCCACCAAAAGGGCUCCCUCCACGAUGCAGACUCUGCAGGCUUCGGGAGUCUCAGUCAAAGCAGUGCCAGCUUACUUGCCCCCAGGAGCAUCAGAAAUGAAGAACUGCUCAGUGAGCUCAUCAGGACUCCCCCCCAGUCAUCCUCUGCCUUUCUGAAAGCUUCCAGCGAGUCCUCUUAUCUAAGCAUCCUACCAAAGACCCCAGAGGGUAUAAGUGAAGAACAGCGGACUCAGGAGUUGGCUGCAAUGGAAGACACCCGGAUAGUAAUUCUGAACAACCUCGAGGAACUUGAACAAAAAAUCAAAGAUUUAAAUGACCAGAUGGAUGAAUCUUCCAGAGAGUUGGAUAUGGAAUGUGCUCUUUUGGAUGGAGAACAGAAAUCUGAAACAACUGAACUUAUGAAGGAGAAGGAGAUUUUGGAUCAUCUAAACCGGAAAAUAGCAGAACUGGAAAAGAACAUUGUUGGUGAAAAGACCAAGGAGAAGGUAAAGCUUGAUGCUGAAAGGGAAAAACUAGAGAGGCUUCAGGAGCUUUACUCCGAGCAGAAGACCCAGCUGGACAAUUGUCCUGAGUCCAUGAGGGAACAGUUACAACAACAACUGAAGAGGGAUGCUGACCUGUUGGAUGUUGAAAGCAAACACUUUGAAGACCUGGAGUUCCAGCAGCUUGAACAUGAGAGCCGUCUGGAUGAGGAAAAGGAGAAUUUGACCCAACAGCUCCUACGUGAAGUGGCUGAGUAUCAACGGAACAUUGUUACUAGAAAGGAAAAAAUUUCUGCAUUGAAAAAGCAAGCCAAUCACAUUGUUCAGCAGGCUCAGAGAGAACAAGAUCAUUUUGUGAAAGAAAAGAAUAAUUUAAUAAUGAUGUUACAAAGAGAAAAGGAGAAUCUUUGUAAUUUGGAAAAGAAAUACUCGAGCCUCUCUGGGGGUAAAGGGUUUCCUGUUAACCCCAAUACUCUGAAAGAGGGCUAUCUCAGUGUAAAUGAAAUUAAUGAGCCAUGUGGCACUUCCACGAAUCUAUCCCCUUCCACUCAGUUUCCUGCUGAUGCUGACGCUGUUGCCACUGAGCCUGCCACAGCUGUGCUGGUGAGCCAGCCACAAAGUACAGAGCAAAGAUCACCUGUCUGUUCUGGAUUUAUGUUUCCUUCCACCCUUUCUCCUCAUCCUAUCAUUCAAACUACGUCAGCCCCAUGGCCCGAAGUCAUGGCUACAUCUGUCGAUCCUUUACCUUUAAAUGAUACACCUCCUCCUCUACCAGCUAAGAAACACAGAAGGCAGCAGCAGUCACAGGACCAACAGCACUUUAGAAGUCUGGAAGAAAGGAAAAAACAACACAAAGAAGGCCUCUAUCUGAGUGACACUUUGCCUCGAAAGAAAACCACACCUUCCAUCUCCCCACAUUUCAGCAGUGCCACUAUGGGGAGAAGCACCGCCCCAAAGGCUCACCUGCCCCUGGGACAGAGCAACAGCUGCGGAAGUGUGCUCCCUCACUCGCUGGCGACCAUGACCAAAGACUCAGAAUCUCGGAGGAUGCUCAGAGGAAAGUCCAAGAAAGGAAGAAUGAAUUCCUCAGCAGGUUAUAAUCACCAACAGAUGAGUGAAGGACAAAGGCAGAAAUCUGAAUUUUACAACCGCACAGCAUCUGAAUCAAAUGUCUAUUUGAAUAGUUUUCAUUACCCAGAUCACAGCUACAAGGACCAGGCCUUUGAUACUUUGAGCCUAGACAGCUCUGAUAGCAUGGAGACCAGCAUCUCUGCUUGUUCACCUGACAAUAUCUCUAGUGCCAGCACUUCAAAUAUUGCCAGAAUAGAAGAAAUGGAGAGACUAUUGAAGCAGGCUCAUGCAGAAAAGACCCGGCUGCUUGAAUCCAGGGAACGGGAAAUGGAAGCCAAAAAACGAGCUCUAGAAGAAGAAAAACGACGCCGAGAAAUCCUGGAAAAACGAUUGCAGGAAGAAACGAGCCAGAGGCAGAAGCUAAUAGAAAAGGAAGUAAAAAUAAGGGAGAAACAAAGAGCUCAGGCCCGUCCUUUGACACGAUAUCUGCCUAUCCGGAAGGAAGACUUUGAUCUGCGGAGCCAUGUGGAGACUGCUGGCCACAAUAUCGAUACCUGCUAUCAUGUCUCAAUCACAGAGAAGACCUGCCGAGGAUUCCUCAUCAAAAUGGGUGGAAAAAUUAAAACUUGGAAAAAACGUUGGUUCGUUUUUGAUAGGAACAAGCGAACAUUCUCUUAUUAUGCAGAUAAGCAUGAAGCUAAAUUAAAAGGAGUAAUAUACUUUCAAGCCAUUGAAGAAGUGUAUUAUGAUCACCUCAAGAAUGCUAAUAAGAGUCCUAAUCCCUUACUCACCUUUAGUGUCAAGACGCAUGACAGAAUCUAUUAUAUGGUGGCCCCAUCACCGGAAGCCAUGCGGAUCUGGAUGGAUGUUAUAGUUACUGGAGCAGAAGGUUAUACUCACUUCUUGUUGUAGUGAACUGGGGCAACAGUCCACUUCAGGGCAGACUGCAAUAACCUCUUACAAGAAUGAAGCCAUAUUCAGUCCCAGAUGGGAAGACCCAACAGAACCAUCCCCUGAACUGUAUACACUCAGAACUCCUUUCAUAUUAAUAAGAAGUCAUUUGUAAAGAAGAAUGAAAGAGUUUUAAUUGAAAGCUUGAUCAUAAAUAGCAAAAGAAUUAAAGUUCUCAUGAGAAAGAAAACACUAUUUUAAUAAAUAGCAUCACUAAUAGAAACAUUUCUUAUAAACGAUUUUUUGUCAAUUGUUAGUUUUGGUGAAAUAAACUAAACAGUUUACAAAAUGUCUGUAUAUACUUAGAAAUAUGGAAUUAUUUUAGCACCCAAUCAUUGGCAUUGACAUUAUUGAUAAUCAACUGGCUCCUUUUUUUAAAGUAGCAUUUUGCUGAUGGUUAUUUUAUAAAUAUAAACAAACAAGGGCUUGGAAGGGAAUAUGUUUUAGGAGGAGUUUGCCUUAAUUUUUAAGUAUUGUACCAAAGCCAAAGACUUGACAUGAUGACCUCUGUUUAAUAGCAGUAAUUGCAAUUGAUAAACUGUAUUUAGUGUUACUCCAUUUUUCAAAAUGGAAUUUAAUGCCAUCAAAUGCCCAGGAAAUUGACUUUGUAGUGUUACCACCGGCAUAAGCGACUAUACAUAUAAAGUAAACCACUUUUUCUAUAAAAGAAGAAAAUGCGAAAAAGCUGUGUGUUUUAGAAAAAAAGCUGUCUUAGACAACAGGUAUUCUAUCACAUUGGGCAAUUUUAAAUAAAGAGAAUGGUGUUAGGAGCUCAUUUUGCUGAAGAUUUCUCCAUUCCUGGCACAGAAUAAAGGCAGCCAGUAGCCCAUUUCUUUAUAUUGUCUGAUUUCUCUUUGUUGUAGAGCACACCUGCUAACUGAACCUUCAUAUGACAUAACUAUGAAACCAUAGCUCUGUUUUCACCAAAGAACAGACCAGUUAAAAUACUAUUUACAGAAGUGGUAUAGUUCUAUAAAAAGGCAAAUGAAGUUCAAAUUAACAUUCUCUGUAAUGUACUAUUUUAUUAUGUAUUUUUUUUUUACAAUUAGCCUUUGUUUUUCUGAGUUAAGUUAAUUUUUGUUGAAUGAAAGGACUUCAGGCAAGUCUCUUUUAUUAUGGUUUUUCAAGUGCCAUUUAUUUGAGUUUAUCAUGUUUUGCAUGUUUGUAAGUAUGAAUGUACUCUUUCCUAAAAUGUGGCAAAUGAAUAGAAGUAGAAAAUGAUGUGACUUACUAGUACCAGGUGAAAUGAUUAGAUUAGAAGUGUCUCUCUAUAAGAUUUUGUCAGGCCUCACUGGGUACAAUUUUUUUUUUAAUUUGUAGUAUAUAGUUUGUAUACAUGUGUACAUGUUGCCAAUAAUAAGAUUUUGCAACUGGAUGACACAAGAUUUUACUUGAACAGUGAAGGAAAAAAAUCAUGAGUGUGGAAGACAUUUUUAAAAUCUGAUUUUGCUGAGACUACCCUUAAACCCUGUAAUGAUCUAAGAUAGUGAAAUACAAUUGCUAAAAUUUUGUUGGUUAAUAUAAAGAUAUCUUUUCUAUACUGUACUUUCUUUAUAGUAUUGUAAAGGUAUUCUAAUAACUUGCAUGAUGUAGUAAACCUUUUAAAUAUGUAUGUUAAAUAUGUUGAGUUUGGAUUAAAAUGUUGACCUUCACAUUUGAAAAUAAACUUAUCUUUCAUUUGGAAGCCACCUA